UCAUUCGUGUUAUUCUGUUUUGUAAAUAUUGGAGAUACAAAGUGUUUUUCAACACUUUAAUUAUAAAAUUAAUGCAGAAUAAUGUCUAAAACAGCUCAUGUUGUCGACGGAGAAGCGUCAGAAUCGGAUACAGAGAUAGAAUUAGCGAAAUCUCCCGAUGUAGAUUCAAGGAAUAGUAAAGCGUUUGUAAUCGCUGGAGAGGCACCAGAGAGUGAUGAAGAAUCCAAAAUAACCCCACCGAGCCCCAGUGACUUAGACCUGCCGCUCCACUGCGCCAUGUCUCCACCGCCCGCCAGCCCCACCAAGAUAUACAACUCGCUGCUGCAUCAAAAAUUAUGGGAAUGUAACGUGUCUCUCCGGGCAACUAUCGAGGGGCUGGUGAAGCAUACCACUGAUAUAUCGGUGGAGAAACUCACCAGAGCUGACAAGACACUCCUUAAUGUACAAGACAGCAUGCGCGCGACGAACGCCAACCUGACGUUGGCGCGAGCGAGACUGAAGCAACUUCACGCCGAACUUGAGAAGGCCAACUGUUCCGCUGCCUUGCCUACUGUUAAAGUUAAAUUAUAACGUACCGUCAGAAAUCAGAAUCAUUUAUUCAACUUAAUUAUUAUGGAUAAACUUGUUGAAGGUCAA